UCCAUUUUCAGACUCUUCUUCACUACUAACCAAGAAGCCUUUCUCAUUUCCUUCUUUUUUUUUAUUUUUUUUAUGUGACACAACACAGCAACUUAAUCAGCUAUGGCGCUUGAACUUGGACUCAAGGUCACUAGAACCAGAGCCCCUGAGAAUGCCACUUCUGUCUCUGAGCUUCGCAUUUCCAAAAACGUUGCAGGCCCAGUUUUCGUCUCCACAGAAACUCGCGCCUCCUUCAUCCUCACUUGCUAUCUCAAAGGUUACGAGAGAAAUAGUUUUCAGAUCAAGAUUAGUGAGGAUGGCAAGGAGAUUUCCAUUAGUGGAGAGAAGCCAAUUCAGGAAAUGUUGAUGAUGGGGAGGGUAAUAUUGAAGAAAAAUGUGGAAGUUGUUGGGUUUAGAAAGGCUUUUAAAAUCCCCAGUGGAGUCGUUUUGGAUCGGAUCAAGGCCAAGUUUGAUGAAGAUGAGUCAUUAUUGAAAAUUGUCAUGCCCAAGUUGGUGAAAGGGAUCUGCGGGGUUCAGAUUGAAGAGGUGAAACAAGAAGGAUUUGGUGAGUCAAGCCAGAAAGCUUCUGAAACUGGGGAAAAUGAGAGUGCUUUUAGAAAGGAAGAAGGAUUAUCUGAUAAGAAGCUUGUAGAAUCCACCAAUGGCGAUGUAACUGCUGACAAAAUCCGGGAAGAAAUUGAAAGCCCAAGACUUGAAGCAAUGAAGAAAUCAGAAAUUGGGGAAAGUGCAGAUGAUAUUCCAAAAACUAUUGGAAAAGAAAGCCCAGAAGUGUUGAAGGAAUCUGUGCUUCAGCCAUUUGAGGAAAGUGAAAAUAUCAUGCUUGGCAGGCCACCUGGGACCACUAAAGAAGAAAAAUUUGAAGGGGCACCAGAGGAAGAAAUAGGAGAGCUUAAGGUUGAGAAUGGAGGCAAAGAUGAAGAACAGGUGCGAACAGAAAUGAGUAACGAAAGACUUGAAGCAACUGAGACAUCUAAAGAGGGAGGGGAAUACGAAGAAGUGUUUGCUGGGAAAAUUGUGGCUAACGGGAAAGACAAAGUUCCAGAGAUAGAACAGGGAGAAACUGAAGAACCUGAGUUUGGAAAAGAAGAUAGAGGUGAACAAAGGGUGGAAGACAUACUUGAAGAGACACAAAAAGAAGAAAUUGAAGAGACUAGAUCUGAACGUGAAGGCAAAGAUGAAGAAAGGGGGGGAGCAAAAGUCAGAAAGGAAGGACUUGAAGCAACGGACACUGCAAUGGAAGGAAGGGAACCUGAAAAGAUUCUUGCUAGGAAAACUGGGGUCAGUAGGAAAGACAAAGCUGCAGAGAUAGAACAGAAAGAUAUUGAAGAGCCCAAGUUUGGAGCUGAAGAUAGAAAUGAACGAAGGGGGAAAGACAUGCUUGAAAGGACACAAAAGAAAGAAACUGAGGAGACUAAAUUUGAAUGUGUAUGCAAAGAUAAAGAAAGUGCGGGAGCAAAAAUCGGAAAGGAAGGACUUGAAGCAAUAGACACUAGAAUGGAAGGAAGAGAACCUGAAAAGGUGCAUGUUGGGGCUUAUGGGAUUAAUGGUGAAGAUAGAAUUCAAGGGAAACAAAAGAAAGAAAUCGAAGAGCCUAAGUUUAAAAGAGAAGGCAAAGACAAAGAGAGGGCGGAAACAGAAAUUAGUGAGGACGGACUUGAAGGAAUAGACUCUACCAUGGAAGGAAGAGAGGAUGAAAAGGUCCUUGAUGGGGCUUUUGAAGUUCGUGGGGAAGACGAACUUGAAAAGACACAAAAGAAAGAAAUUGAAGAGACUAAGUUUGAAAGAGAAGGCAAAGAUAAAAAGGGGGUGGGAACUGAAGUUAGUAAGGGAGGACUUGAAGGAAUAGACACUGCUAUGGAAGGAAAGGAGACUGAAAAGGUGCUUGUUAGCGCUUUUGAGGUUCAUGGGGAAGACAAAUCUGAAGGGACACAAAAGAAAGAAAUUGAAGAGACUAGAUUUGAAUGCAAAGGCAAAGAGGAAGAAAGGGUGGGAAUGGAAAUUAGUAAGGGAGUACUUGAAACAAAAGAGACUACAAUAGAAGGAAAGGAGUCUAAAAAUUUGCUUGCUAAGGAAAUUCAAGAGACUAAAUUUGAAAGUGAAGGCAAAGAUGAAGAAAGGGAGGGACGAGAAAUUAAUAAGGAGGCACUUGAAGUAGUAGACACUACAAUGAAGGCAAGGGAAUCUGAAAAAGUGCUUCUUGGGGCAACUGGGCUUGAUGACCAAGGCAGACUUGAUAAGGAUAAGCAGAGAAAGGUUGAACAGGCUAAGCUUGAAAGUGAAACUAAAGGCAAAGAAGAAGGGAGGGAGGAAAGAAAAACUACUAAGGAAGAACUUGAAGUCGUAGAAACUAGAAUGGAAGGAUUGGAACCCAAAAAAGUGGAUGGUGGAAAAAUUGAGGUUAGCGAAGAAGGCGUAGCCGAAGGCAUAAAACAAAAGGAAAUUGAAGAUAAAGAUAAAGAAAGGGUGAAAGACAUAGUUGAAAGGACACAAAAGAGGGAUAUUCAAAAGCUUGAUUCUGAAACUAGGGAAAGAGGUGAAGAAAGGGUGGGAAUGGCAACUAGUAAGGAAGGACUUGAAGCAAUAGACACUACAAAAGAAGGAGAGAAGCUUGAUAUGAUGCUUGCUGGUUCGAUCGGGGCUAGUGGGGAAGACAUGGUUGAAGAGACAAAACAGGGAGAAAGUGAAGCAACUAAGUAUGAAAUUGAAGGGAAAGAGGAAGCAAAGGUAGGAACAGAAAAUGAUAAGAAAGUUCUUGAAGCAAUGGAAGGAGGGGAAUCCAAAGAAGUGUUAGUCGGAAAAAUUGGGGUUAGUGAGGAAGACAUGGUUGAAGGGACAGAGCAGAGAGAAAUUGAUGAGAUUAAGUUUGAAGUUGACGAUAAAUACAAAGAAAAGGUGGAGGAAGUAUUCAAAGGGGAACAAGAAAAAGAAAUUGGAAAGAAGGAGUUUGCAAUUGAAGGCGAAGAUGAAGAGAGGGUGAGAACAAAAACUAAGGAAGAACUUGAAGCUAAAAUUACUCCUAUUGAAGGAGGCGUAUCUGAAAAGUUGUUUUCUGGUGCAAAUGGGGCUAGUGGGAAAGACACAAUUGAAGGGACGAAAAAGGGAGAAAUUUAUGUUCGUAAAUUUGAAAGUGAAAGUAGAUACGAAGAAAUGUUGAAAGAAGAAAUCAGCAAUGAACAAUUUGAAGCAAGCGAAACUAGGAUAAAAGAGUCUCCUAUGCAGGAACCAAAAUUACCAAUUCGAUCAGAAGAAAGGGAGGGGAUAGAAAGAGAUGAAGACAAAAGUGAAGGAGCAGAACUGAAAGAAAUUGAGGAGCCUAAGUUUCACAGGGUUGAAGAUAAUAGCAUGAUACCAAAAUGUGCAACUUCAAAGGGAGAAAAUUUGGAAGAAAUUGAAAAGGCCACAGAAGCCAUGGCCAAAAGACGGAGCCAAGAAGCUGAGGGAAUUUUGGAAGAAGUUGAAGGAGAAGAAUCAGAGAUGUCUGAGGAAACAAGCAAGAUUAAUGGAAAUGAUGAUGCAAGAGACUCAAGAAAAAAGGAAGUUGAAGAGUCUGCCAUUAGAUUCUCUAGAGAUGGACAACACGUGCAAGAGAAUACUGUCAACAAAGCGUUUGGAGAGUUGGGGACUGAUACAGCAAAGUUUCCCAAACAGUUGUCAGGAAAAAAGGCCCAGAGAGAGAAAGAAUUGAAAGUGAAAGAAGAGAUCAUUGUAAAGAGAGAGAAAGAAGUGAAAGUGAAAGAAGUGAUUGUACACAAAUACGAUGAGACAAAAGAGGGUUUUGAGAAAAUCACAACAGGGGACAGAGUUCAAUUGAAAACUGGACAACCGAGCGACGAAAGAGAAUUUGAUGAGGAGACUUUAGAGGCUGCAAAUGGGGACAAAACUAAAACUCUUAUAGAAGGCUCCGGAGAAACUGAACCUCUUUUUGAGAAAGCAAAAGGAGAUACUAAUGACAACGUACAAGGUGCAUUAUUUAGUCCUCUCGUGGAAGAUAAUAAAAGGGAGAGAACGGUGAAAACUCAGAAGGAAACUGAAGAUCCCAGGGUUGGAACUAAACAUAAGGCGCAACAUCGUGUAGAGGAGCUUCCCACAAAAAUGGUAGAAUCAAUUCAUGAAGGGGAUAGACCAAAAGACACGAAGGUAGAAGAAAUGAGAGAGGCCAAAAGAAAGAGUGAGGAAACUCAAGUUGUGGCAGAUGAGGAGUCUAUAAUAGAAGGAAAGAGUCAAGAGGAAGAGAUUAAAAGGAUUGACAAGACCAACCAAUUCGGAAAAGCUUUGCGAGAAGCGCCCAAGGCAAAAGAGCAAAAAGCAUUGGGAAAAGACGUGCAAGAAAGAGAAAGUAUGAUGUCAACUCAACAGUCAGAAGUUAAGGAAAUAGAGAAAGUAUGGGAAGAGUGCGAAAGCUCAGAGGCAAAUCUUGAAAUAGAAAAAUGGAGAACAACCGAAGGUGUUAAGGACGAGAAGCUUAGAAGAGAGAAUGCAGUUAAACAGGUUGCAAAAUCAAUACAAAAGUCACCUGAGAAAGAGCAUCCUGGAAAAUCAGAAGUUGAGAAAGAAGCAAAAUAUCCAGAAGCAAAAGUUUCCCCUCCAAAACUUAGAAAAGAGGUUGAGAAAAAGAACGAAGUUGAAGGAUCAAGGUUGGAGGAUUUGCCUCCUCCAAGAGUAAAAGUGCAAAGCUUAGGGCCUCUUGAAUCAGACAAAAGGAAUAUGAAGUGGAAAUUUCCGAAAACCAAGAAGCCUGUGCUAGAAUCAAGAGAAGGAGAAGAGUAUGAAGCAGGCAAACCACCUGACGUGAAAAGUUCACCAUCAACUCAGCAAUCCGAGGUUAACAAGAAAAAGUUUGAAAUAGAAUUUCCAAAGGAAAUAGAAGCUUUGCAACCAAACGUUCUUUCAGAUCAACGCUUGGAAGGAAAAGAACACUUCAAAACUUUAAAUGAGGACAGAGGUCAUUAUUUGCUCGAAAAAGAGAGAAGAUUAGAAACUGCAGAAGAAGAGAAGCAGAAUAAAAAAGAUGGGGAAAAAACGUUGUCUUGCGAAAGGGAAAGAACAAAGAUUGUAGAGUGCAAAGAUGAGAAGCAUAAAAUGAAGAAAAAUGGAAGUGAAAAGAUGGAUCAAAUUACAGGGGUUGCUGAAGAAUUUAGAGAUGUUCUAGCAGAUAAUGAGACAGAAAAAUCACAAGAGACAUUGUUAGUUCGAACUGCAGAGAUCGAACGUAAAGAGAAAAUUUCAGAGAUAAGAGAAGUACAGCAAGAAAAAAGGAGGAAAAUUCCCUUUCAUGGUAAUGAAGAAUCAGAAGAAGCCAUAUCUGACAGAGAAGUGGAAUCUCAAAAACCUCAUGCUGCACAUCCAAAAGAAUCAAGUAUAAAGUUCAGCAGCGACAAACCAAAAGGUGAGCUUGAUAAGCCACAAAGAAAAAAAUUGCCAUCUCCAUCCGUAGAAAAUAUGAGCAAAGGGCCAUCUAGAACAUCAAGGCCAGGUGUUAAAGAAGAUGCUCCGACGGUUGAGAAUUUUGCACAAUUCCAGGAGAGUAAAGAGUCUACUUCUUCCCUAGAGGGCACUAAAGCAUCAGAAACUGUAGCGAAUGAACUGGACAGACCACCAGAUGAAAAAUUAGAAGAGGAAGAGGAAGGCAAAAUAGAUGAAUGCCGUGAUGGUGAACAUCUAGAAUCCCAAGAACCAGAGAAGCAGGAAUCUGAAUUAGAUUUUCAAGAAUCAACUACAAGGAGAUCAGACCAAGAAGAUGAGGAAACACAUCUCUCACAGCAAGAAGAAAAUCAUGAAGGUCUUGCAAUUGAAGAAGAAAAAGCCGGUGAAGCAGCCGAUGUGUCUCAAGUGGAAAUCUCUCAAGAGUCAGAGGAUCUCGAAGAUAUUGAAGUGGAAGAAAGUGAAAAGAAAGUGGAACUGCGUGCCCCUCUGGUUGUUGCAGGAUCAGUCUUCAUUGCAUCUCUCAUAAUUUUAUUCUUAGGCCAUAAAAGAGCUGGAAGAAGAAGUCUAAAUAGGCGAAGAAGGUGGUUAACCAAGUGAGCCAGGGCUCAUGCAGAGUCAUAUUAUUUCACUUUACAAAAGAUUCAUCUUAUUCUUUUGAAACUUCUAAUCGUAGAAAGUAUCACAGUUUCACCAUACAUUGUCAACGAGGACUCCAUGUUCUGCUGACGAAAGUAAAGGUCCAGAUUAACAAUGUAAAUGAAUAGAGCAGACAAUUAGAACUAAUUAGGUCAAAUUCUUUCAUUUUUUCGACUUGUAUAUGACGUGCUAUGAAUUAGUAAGUCCGCAUAUUGCAACAAGUUCCUUUAUGUACUGAAAAGCAAGGAACAGAACCAA